AAUUGUAAAAAUUUUCCGUUUGGUUUUCUACCUGCGUCCGUACCCUGGCUUCUCUCGCGGAGCGCCGUCUCCCUGCGGCAAUGGCGGCCGACGAUGAAUCGCCUAGGACGAGGAAGAUGACGGAUCGCGGCGUUAAGAAGCUUCUCCUUGGCGAGGAAGUAGAGGUACUAUAUUCUGAAGUGGGACUCAAGGGUUCUUGGCAUUUCGGUAUGAUCAUUGAUUGUGGAAUGUUUUUUCGUACUGUGGAGUUGGCUGAUCUUUUGAACGAAGACAAUUGUUCGAAGCUUGUGGACAUGGUCCACGUGUCAGCUGCUAUAGAGGGUCUGAAACGAAAUGCCCCAAAAUUACAUCGUAACUGGAUAAGGCCAUUACCUCCAAAAUCUAAAAUCAAGGCAUCUGAGCUAAUUUAUGGGCUUUGUGUUGAUGCCUUUGUGGAUGAUGCUUGGUGGGAAGGUGCAGUUUUUGAUCACAAUGAGGGCUCCUUGGAACGUUUGAUCUUCUUCCCUGACCAAGGAGAUCAACAAAUUAUUAAUAUUGAAAAGCUCCGUAUCACCCAGGAAUGGAAUGAAGCUUCUGGGCGCUGGAAGCACCGUGGAGUGUGGCAGUUUCUUCAAGUUAUAAAAAAUUUUGAGCUUGAAGGUCCAUUGCCUGUGUCUGUCAGGGAAAUAUGGUAUGACUUAAGAAGCACGAAGUCUUUCUUGGGAAAGAUUGGAGUGUGGAUUUCUGGAUCAAAAUCAAUUUGGCAUGAAUUGGUAACAGAGUUAAUCCAGGAACUUCAAUCUGUAGUGAACGGUGUUCCGCUUGGUGUAUCAACUUCCUAUGAUGAUUUAUGUGAAAACCCUAUGAAUGUUGAUGUUAUAGACUGUUCCAGGGAAUUUCUUCCUCUUCCAGAUGCUCUCCAGGAAAAUGAUGGAAUGAGUUCUGGUUCUGCAAAUAAUUUUCCUGAACUACUGAAUCCUAAUGAUCUGUCCUCAUGCCAUACCCCAGUUUCUGAAAAUCAAGCCAAAUGGGGUUUCUGUCACGAAGGGUCAGAAAUGCAAGCUUCAAAAGAGGAGAUUUGCGGGGAACAAGUUAUUAUCUCGUCCAGUGGCAAUGAGCCAAACAACACACAGCAUCCCAGCCCCCAUCUAAAACAGUGUGAUUAUAGUUUGAAGUUUGCAUCCAUUGAUGGAAUGCUUUGUGAUUCUAAUGGAAAAGCUCUCAAUGGUUGCCAAGAAAUGGCACAGAAAAACUGCCUAAACUCUACUUCUAUCUCUAAUAACCUGGCUAGCCAGAUUCAAGCGGCUGAAUCCAAAGAUACUGUUUCUGAUAUCACUGCCUUGGGAAGCUCUGAAACAUGGCAGCUUAUGGACCUUGAAGCUGAGAAUUGUGCCGAAGCAAUUCCCUUAUAUUUAAAUGAUAAAAAAUUCAGAGACUGUGGUCUGAGAAGAUCAAAAUCACGUGAAAAAGAGCUCAGCUCACUAAGGCUAAAAGCAAAAAGGCAUCUUGUAGCUUUAGGGUGGAAUAUUGAAGCUAGAAGAGAGUGUGGGAGUUUAAGGGUUCGGUUUGUGUCACCAAAGGGUCAAUGCUAUUCUUCCCUUCGUAGUGCAUGUUUUGGUCUGUUGGGGAGGCAACCAGAAAAGAAUGGAAAACAGAAAUCGAAUAAAUUAAAAAGUUUAGAUGGGUUCCAUUUUGUCCCAACUUCUUAUGAGCUUCUUUUUAUGAACUCUGAGGGUGAAACAAAUUUUCAUUCACAUGAUAAAGCUUUCAAUGUGUUGCUUCCUGUCACAAAGAAAAAGAAAAUGGAGAACUCUAGCCAUGUCACUGAGCUGAAUGUGUCUAAUGGAGAUAUAAAAACCGGCACAAAUCAUAAAAAGAAGCUUAGGCUGUUAUCUAGGAUGACACAAUCUAAUGUUAUGCCUAAUUAUUUUGUUAUGAAUGACAAAUCAAGGUGUGAUAUUUUUGAUAAACGACAGGCUAAAUCUGGUUCUUCUUCCUCAGAGAAAGACUGUUUGAUAUCAGAAGUUCAUAAGCAAGAGUUUCCCAUGCAUGAGGAUAUUGAACCAGAAAAUUUUCCGGAAGCGCUAACACAAUUUAUAAAUUACAAGAAUUCCAUGAAUGUGGCUGCUAAGAAACAGUCUGCUGUGAGUUUUAGUAUUUUAAAAUUAAAUGCGAAGAAUCAUCUUUUGUCCUUGGGGUGGAGGUUUUGGAGAACAAACUCUGCAUUAUUUUAUGUUUCUGCUGGUGGUAAGGUCUUUCAUUCUCUUUACUCAGCUUGCAAGUCUUGCUUGGAAGAAGAAAACCAUUGUGUUGGUACUUCAAGGUCUCUUAUAAAUGGAAGAACUAGAAGAAAGCUGGACUACUUGAGGGAGAUGAAACCUGCUAAUAUUGAUAAUAAACUUUUGAGAAGAGCCUGCCAAUGUGCUACUACAAUGGACAAUGAAAAUUUUCAAAAAGCUUCUAAUUUAUCACAGAAUAGUGUUGAAAAUGGAUGCAAUGACUUGAACAGAUCUGCUGAAUCCAUGGCUUGUAGCUUUCAUCAAAUGAUUUCAAAAGAAGGCAGAAGAUCUAAGAAGAGAAGAAUGACUGCUUCCACCUGCCAAUGUUUGGAGCAGAAAUUACUGAGACACUCAUCUUGUAGCUCCUUCCUUUGUGAGAAAUCUGAGAGGGGAAAAGCUUCACCGGCUCUAGUUAGGAAGCGUCGUAAUAUGUCAAGUUGUUCCUCUUUUCGUGUGCGUCGGCCGAGCAAAAGAUCACGGCAGGUUGAUGCAUUGUCUCCUACUCAGUAUGUAUCGAGAACAGUUUUGUCCUUAUUGAUAGAAAAUGAUAUUGUACUUCCAAGGCAGAAAGUUAGGUAUAUUUGUAAAAAAGAUGGGCAUAUUAUGAUGGAAGGACGUAUAACUCGUGAAGGGAUUAAGUGCAAAUGCUGUUCAAAAGUAUACAGUCUCAGUAAUUUUGAGGUUCAUGCUGGAAGCUCUCUAAGACGUCCAGCUGCUAACAUAUUUUUGAAAGAUGGAAGAUCUUUGCUGCAGUGCCAGAUGCAGAUGUUGAGUUCUAAAAUUCCGGAUGGCUUCCAGAGGUCGCGACUGAAAAAUGACUGUUCGAUCUAUGAAAGUGAUAGCAUUUGCUCUGUUUGUCAUGAUGGGGGCUCAUUAAUACUAUGUGAUCACUGUCCUUCAUCAUUUCACCUAGAUUGUGUUGGUUUAGAGGCUGUGCCUGAGGAUAAAUGGUUUUGCCCAUCCUGUCGAUGCCAUAUUUGCAGUUCGAGUGAAUUUAAUCCUGAUACUGAAAAAUUCUCUGAUAAAACAAUGUUAUAUUGUGAUCAGUGUGAGCAUGAAUACCAUGUUGGAUGUAUGAGAAAAGGAGGAUGGAAAAAUUUACAGUCAUGUCCAACUGGAAAUUGGUUUUGUAGUGCCAGUUGUUCAAAGAUAUUUUUUGGCCUCCGGAGGCUUAUAGGAAAAUCUAAGCCUACUGCUGUUGAAGGUUUGUCAUGCACCAUUUUGAGAUCUGGCAGAGAUUAUAGGGCUGACUGUGAUCAGUUUGACUCUGAGCUACAAGCUGAGCAUCAUAGCAAGCUCUGUGUGGCACUUAAAGUACUUAAUGAAUGCUUCGUAUCUAUAAUUGAACCUCGCACGCAGAGGGAUAUUGUUGCUGAUAUUCUUUUCAAUAAAGAGUCUGAACUGAAACGAUUGAACUUCUAUGGAUUUUAUGCUAUGCUUUUAGAGAAGGGCGAUGAGCUGAUAUCUGUUGCCACAUUCAGGAUCUAUGGUAAAAAGAUUGCGGAAAUGCCGCUUGUCGGGACUCGUGUGAAAUAUCGCCGACAAGGAAUGUGCCGGCUUCUAUUAGGUGAAAUUGAAAAGCUUCUUGUAUCAGUUGGAGUGGAAAGAUUUCUACUACCGGCAGUGCCUCAACUACUUGAAACAUGGACUUCUUCAUUUGGAUUUGAGAAAAUGAGCAAUACUGACAGAUUGAAGCUUUUGGACUACACUGUUUUGAACUUCCAAGACACUACAAUGUGCCAGAAAGUCUUGAGGGUGGCCCCAGAUAAUUCCAACAACGAUUUAGGCUCUGAGAAAAACAAACAUCCUAAGAGCGUAGUAAUAGCAUUGCCGUGCUUCGUCAACAAGUACAGUCCUUUGUUCUCCGCAGCUGGAACUUGUUGAACAAACAAAUCAUUAAAACUUAUGCGCAUUGCUGAACCAAACUUCACUAGAAUGUAUUAUCAUUUCCAAAUUUUCGAAUAAUUAAAUCUCCAGUCUAGUUAUUGAGGAAUUGCUCCAGCAUGGUAAUGGAUCUGAGCACCUCAAGCUCUGUAGGCAGAAUAUAUCAUCUCAAGGAAACUGUUUCAAGGCAAAUGUGAUUAUUGUUUUAAUGAUGCUGAGAGACUCAAUCAGUAGUGAGGAUGCUUUAUCAGAAAAAGAUGGUAUUGUACAGAUCGAGAGUUCUCUUAGACUUGGGCUUUUUAAAUUGAAUGGUAACACUUUCUAUUCCUUUUUUUUUUCUCAUUUCUGUACCCAUGGUGUGGAAUGUAAAUUUUGGUUGCAAGGGUACUUGUUUGCUGUUUUUCAGGCUUUAGGCGGCUUUAAGAUGAGAAGUUUCUCAUAUGGGGAAGUCAUAUUUGAGACCUCAUUGACUAAAAGUUUCAUUGGGGGUUCAGUUUUGUUCGAAGCUCUACUGGUUUCAUUACUUUUUGUGUUUAUUCGAGAGAUUAUUUUGAAUUCUUGUAGUUAAUAUUUAAAUGGUUGCAGAUAAUAGGAUUUAAGAGUUUAUUAUUCUAAUCCAAGAUUUUAGCAACUUUCAAUGCUCUUUAUCGAUCGGUUUAGUUGAUAUCCGGCGCCUUAGCUGCGUUCUAAAAAAUUAGGAUGAGUUACACACAUGCCACCACUCAAAU